AUGAAAAAACCAAAUAAGUGUAAGCAGUCAGACCGUAAAAAGAAGGCGGAUAGGAAAAAAAAGAAGAAAAAGAGUGAAUCGUCAUCUUCACACCAUCUUUUAGCAAGCAAGAGAAAAUUUUCAUUCAAAAAUAUUGACCUUAAGGCCUAUUUUAAAAAAUGUGCUGAUAUAUUACAAAAUGACAGUGCAUUCGCGAAAUCUGAUGCCUCAACAUGCCAAAAUGAUCAGAUUAACUACCAAUCAGAAUUAUCAUGCAAUAACGACGCAUCCUCCAUUGAGAAUGCAAGAGAUCCCAAUUUGACCGAGUCUGAAAAUCUUGCUGUUGAUGGAAUCACUAACCAAGAAAAAUUUACAGCUGACAUGAAAAUAGAAAUGGAACAAUCAGAUUCUACGAUUUCAAAGGAUAUCGAAACUAGUACACAUGACGAUUCUAUGUCCAUGACGGUAUGCGAUCAAGUAACUCCAUCAAUUCUAAGAGCAUUAAUGAAUCCUAGUCGAUUAUACCCCGAAAUGUAUGCUGCGUUAAAUUCAAAUUUCUCAACGUCAGUGGAUAUAGUAUCAAAUACUGAAAAUCAAUCUGAUGGCAGCAAUCACGAAAAUAUUGAGCCUUCUAUGUUUCAGCCGUAUGAGGACCCAAUUCCAAUCACUGCAAGUACUCGAAUUUUGGAUGAUGAGUCUUUGACCGAAUGUUUCCUUAUUGCAAUGGAAAAAUCAGAACUCAAACCAAUGAAAUUAAAGUGGUAUGAUGUUGUCACUCGUUAUAAAAAUUUGGAAGAUGCUCCAAUAGAUAUCAUCAUAUUGUUUGAUAAAUAUCGCUAA